CCCUCUCCAGACGCUGCCGCUUAUAUCCUAGAGUGGUAUCUGAAGCCCCUCGACGCAUCAACCAACCGACAUUGGGAGUUAACCGUCAGCAGUAGAAGAUCACUUCUCCCCCGACCUCGGAACGCGUACUUCUGCCCUCUUUCUACGACCCGUGUACUCGUGUAUUCCCAGCAAUACAUCACCAUGCUCUUGAUGACUCCUUACACAUUGCCCGCGAACCGUGCUCAUCUGAAGUCGAUACGAUCAACACAUCGGGUGAACGCUCGUCGGCAGGCUAGGCCGCGUCGCUCGAUCAUUGUCAUGCAGCUCCUACCGGACGAGCAAGUGUCCAUGCCGAUGGGAGAGCCACGAGCCCUCGGCGGUGCAUGUUCUCUGAAGACCGCGCGCUUCACAAGCGGCCGACGUCGUUGCGUUUUUUUCGGGAAGCAGGCUAUGGUACCUUCCCGCAUCUUUCUCGAUUAUACACGCGACGGAACUGUCAUCACGCUGCGUUCGUGCUCGCCAGCCGCGGGUCACGUCGCGCCAAGUUCAAGACCAUCGACGAGCAUACAAGUCCGAGACUCCACGACGCGACUGAGGUCGGCCAACUUUCCUACCACCCGCACAAUCGACCGUGAUGCCGAGAGACGGUUCAACCAGGAUCGAACCUGGGUACCUUACCCACUUUUCCUGUGACGCGCAUUGUGAGAGGCGCUAACAAAGACGACAGCUCACACGCUACGAGAAGCGGAGGGCUGGUACCUUCGUUUGCACGAAUGAUACCGUCGUCGCGGACGGUGCGCAAUCCUUGAAGGAGGCGCAGCUCCUCUUGCCAACUCAUGCCGGACGCUUGUCGACGUACUACUUACUUAUCAAGA